AUGGAUCCCUUAAAAAAGAAGAACAAAAAUUCAUUAGAGUGCUUAUCUAAGGAAGAUGUAGAAACGCUGAUAAGAAAAUGUUACAGGGAUAAGUUGGUAUAUGGGUUUGUUAAAUGGAAGGACUUUAAUAGAAAAGAUUUCAAAGAAAGAUAUUCAGUAAAUACUUUUAAAAAUAUAUGGAGAAUGAUAAAAAGGAAAUUUGACAUGUACAAAAAGGAAUACCAUGAUGUGAUGCAGGAGGCGGAAAAAGAAGCUAAAGACAUAAUAAUAGAAAACAAGGAAAGAAAGAAAAAGGAAAAUUUAAAUAUAUUAAUCCCAUUAAACUCAAAAAUAUCGCAAUCAAACAUAUCUUUGUUAAGAAAUUUCACCAGAGUAAAUAGUUAUAUAUUCAAAACAUUUAGUAAUUAUUACAGCCCUUUGAACAGUUCUAAGGAUGGAAGUCCAUAUAAUUUUGUAUUUCCAAAUAAAGAGAGACUAUCGAAAGAUAAAGAGAAAGAAACAAAAAAAAGAAUAGAUUAUAUAAAAAGAAACAUUAAAGAUAUACAAAGAAGAAGUGAAUUUUUAGAUUUGUAUUUCUUAGUGAUAUCGUUAAUUCAUGGGAACAAAAAAUAUGCUUUAUUAAAAAAAAUGGAAGAAUUAUAUUAUCAAAAUAAAUUAAUAAAGUGUUGCAAUAAUUUAAAUCAUAUACAUAAUAAUAAUAUACUAUAUUUUAUAAAAAAAAUUUUAGAAAUUAGUCUAGUAACAUCUAAUAGCUUAAAAAGUGUGUAUACAAAAACUUUAGAGAAAAAAUUUGGUAGUAGUAAAUAUAUUGAUAGCAAAAACUGUGUCAUUGUCGAAAUAAAUGAAAUUACUUACUCUUUUAAUAAAGAUUUUAUUAAUUAUAAUAACUUUUUUCAUUUAUUUAAAAAAAAUCUACAUUUUACUUGUAAUAAAGUAGUUUCUUUUUUUAUUCCCCUUCCGAAGAAACCCAAUCAUUUGACUUUUAAAAAUAAUAUUUUUUAUUAUUUCGAUAGCCCUAUAUUUAUAAGUACAAAAUUAGAUGAAGAUAUAUAUAAUUACAUUUAUAUAAUUCAUAAAUUUUUUCUUUCAUUUAAAUUCUGGCUAUUUUAUAUGACAUACCAAGGAAUAGACAAAAUGAAAAAUCUUUUUAACAAAGAGGUUGAAGAAUUAAAUUCAUUUUUCGAAGCAAAUUGCACAAGAAGAGACAUAUCUAAGAAGGAUAGGAACGAAAUUUAUAAUUUUAGAAAAAAUAUUAACACUUUUUUACUUCUAUUUGAUCAAAACAUUCAGAAUAUAAUUUCAUUAUCCCUUUAUGCCAUCAAACUGUAUAUGAAAAGGCGAAAAAAAAGAGAUAUCACAUAUUUCAAAAUUCUCAAAAUAUUGAACUUAUCUCUUCAUCCUGUUUGUAAAAAAAAAAUCAUGCGCUCGUAUCCCAUCCAUCUUAAAUUUAUUCAUUCUGUUUUUCUAAAAGUUCGUCCUUCCUUUCAGAAAAAACAAGUGUGCCAUGGUCGAGUGUGUUAA